AUUCUGCCUAGACCUGACCCAUCUUGGUGAAGGAGAAGGGCAGCUGCUAGGAGCCUCCUGAUUCCCACUCCCCCACUCAUGCCCAGUCCCCCUCCUACCUGUCCAGACGUCAUCUCUCCAAACAGGUGUUGGACAUGGAGGAGAUGACCAUCUGGGAGCAGCACACCACCACACUGUGCAGGGAUCCUCGAAGGGGCUUUGGGUUUGCCAUUUCGGGAGGCCGUGAUCGACCCAGUGGUGCCGGCAGUAAUGGAUCAGUGGUGAUAUCAGAUGUGGUAUCAGGAGGACCAGCUAUGGGCAGGCUGCAGACUGGAGACCAUAUAGUCAUGGUGAAUGGGGUUUCCGUGGAGAACGUAUCUUCGACCUUUGUCAUACAGACCCUCAAGGCUUGCACCAAAUUUGCCAACAUUACCAUAAAAAGACCUCGAAAAAUUCAGCUACCCACCACCAAGACCAGCUAUCCCACUUCGAGCCUGGGCUCCAACCCACAGAACCAGGGACUACCACGGGGCCACCAGAAUCAGGAGGAGGCAGACCAUAACCAGGGCUAUGAGGGUGACUCAUCCAGUGAGCGAAGCUCAAACCACAGCUGGACUGAGCGUUCCCGACGGCGGAGUCGAGCUGGCAGCCGCAGAGGUCACAGUCGGGAGAACAGGUCUGAUAGGCCAGAUGGAGCCAAUGGGCUGGCCCUGGUGUCUGGCUUUAAGAGGCUGCCCAGGCAUGAUGUAUUGAUGAAACCAGUGGAGUCGGUGUUGGUGAAGAAGAAAGAGAGUGAAGAGUUCGGCCUGAAGCUUGGCAGUCAGAUCUUCAUCAAGCACAUUACAGACUCGGGCCUGGCCUCCAAGAGCAAGGGGCUGAAGGAGGGUGAUCUUGUCCUUCAGAUAAAUGGAGUGUCAAGCCAGAACCUGUCCCUGAACGACACCCGACAGUUGAUCGAGAGGUCAGAGGGGACUCUGACCCUACUGGUGCUCAGGGAUCAUCGGCAGUUCCUGGUCAACAUCCCUCCAGCAGUCAACAGUGACAGUGAGAGUUCUGGCCUGGAUGAUAUCUCCGCCAUUGGCUCUGAGCCCUCCCAGGCACCCCCAUCCCACGUGCCCCCACCACCUGGUGAAAAGCGGCGGGUCUCUGAUGGCAGCUGGACAGAGUCUCCUCCGGAGGAGUCAGAGGAACAAGGAGACCCUUGGGAAUCAGGCACCCAGGAGACCCGGAGAGAAAGCAACUACGACAUCUAUCGGGUCCCCACUGGCCAAAGAGAAGAUUAUGGGUAUAGCCCAGACACUCGGGUGGUCCGCUUCAGCAAAGGUGCCAGCAUCGGGCUUCGUCUCGCUGGGGGCAAUGACGUCGGCAUCUUCGUGUCAGAUGUACAGGAAGGAAGCCCAGCUGACGGACAAGGAAUUCAGGAAGGAGACCAGAUCCUACAGGUAAAUGACCAGUCAUUCCAGAACCUGACCAGGGAAGAGGCUGUUCAAUACUUGCUGGGGCUGCCCCGAGGAGAGGAACUAGAGCUGCUUACUCAGCGCAAGCAAGAUAUCUUUAGGAAGAUGGUCAAGUCAAGAGUGGGUGACUCCUUCUAUAUCCGCACCCACUUUGAACUGGAGCCGAGUCCACCUCUGGGCCUGGGCUUCACCCGAGGGGAUGUCUUCCAUGUUUUGGACACACUGUACCCUGAGAAGGGAAGGAGUGGCAGCUGGCUGGCAGUUCGCAUGGGCCGGGACCUGAGAGAGCAGGAUCGGGGCAUUAUUCCUAACCAAAGCAGGGCCGAGCAGUUGGCAUCACUAGAGGCCGCCCAGCGGGCUAUGGGCUCAGGGCCUUUCUCUUCCUCAACCACCACAGGUGCCCGAGCUGAAUUCUGGAAGCUUCGGGGCCUGCGGAGAGGUGUCAAGAAGCAAAUGCGCCAAAGCCGUGAGGACCUGUCAGCCCUGACAAAGCAGGGCAACUAUCCACCCUAUGAACGGGUAGUGCUCAGGGAAGCCAGCUUCAAACGCCCUGUGGUUAUCAUGGGCCCUGUGGCUGACAUUGCCAUGCAAAAGCUGUCUUCUGAGCUGCCAGACCAGUUUGAAGUUGCAGAGAGUGUCACAAGAACCGAGGCUCCCUCAAAGGUUGUCAAGCUGGACACAGUUCGGGUGAUUGCUGAGAAGGACAAGCACACUCUGCUGGAUGUGACACCUUCCGCUGUGGAGCGCCUCAACUAUGUGCAGUACUACCCCAUAGUGGUGUUCUGUGCUCCUGAAAGCCGGGCGGGUGUUAAGUCCCUGCGCCAGUGGCUGGCACCCACCUCCAGGAAGAGUUCUCGCCGCCUCUAUGCCCAAGCCACCAAGCUGAGGAAGUACCACAGCCAUCUGUUCACAGCUAUCAUCCAGCUUAAUGGGACCAACAAUGCCUGGUACCAGGAGCUCAAAGAUAUUAUCAAAACCCAGCAAUCCCGACCCAUCUGGACAGCUGAAGACCAGCUGGACAACGCAACCAAUGAGAACCUGGACCUGCCCCACCAGGACUUUGGGGACAGCAAUGCCUAUCUCAGCUGUGAUAGUCGUGUCAACAGUGACUACGAGGAGACAGAUGGAGAGGGUGGCUUUUACACAGACAAUGACAUGGAUGAGGAGCCCACAGAGCCGGCAUUGACUCAUUCAUCAGAGCCAGCAUUGGCUCGUUCUUCAGAACCAGUAGAAGCAGACGAGGAAGAAAAUCUGAGGGAAGAGGAAGUGCCAGCCUCAACAUACCAAACUUCAACAUACCCAAGAGCCCGAACCAAGUAUCCACCUACUCAAGGCCAGUGGAGACAGGAUAGCAUGAGAACCUAUGAACGAGAAGCUGUGAGAAAAAAAUUCACCCGAGCACAGAACUCUGAGUCAGAUGAGGAUGAUGGCUAUGACUGGGGCCCUGCCACUGACCUGUGACCCUGACGGCUGUUGGCCAGUCCAACACCAAGUGACCUCGGUCCUCAGGGAAUCUGAAGGCCCCACCUGCCUUACUCCAGCAGUGUCAAAGAAAGGGAUUCACCUUGGCCUCUACCUCCUCACUCUGGGAAAGCUAUCUCUAGACCUGCCUGUUUCUAAUAAAGGAAGCUGGAUGUUUAUACCCCCUCCUUUGGUACUGCAGGCCAGGGAAGGAAGAAAACUCAUCCCAUUCUACUCCCCUAUCUCUGGGCAUGGUCAUCCCUUCACAAAACAUCCCCAUGCGCCUCUCCAGUACAGCCCUGCCCCCAGCUGUCCCCGUAGAACAAAGUGUCUCAGUUCUUGCUCUCCCAGGUCCUGGAAUAGACCACAGAUCAUUGAGGGAAGUCCUUAGUUUUAUGGGUGGGGAAACUAAGGCUCAUUUAACUUGUGUCAGGAUCUAGACUUAACCUGGAUCUUGAACGGUGUCAGUUUAAAGCAAAGGUUCUUAAAGGAACUUUGGUGUCUGAACUUUUUAAAAAACAUAUUUGGAUGAAUGAACUUGAAUAGAAUUGGUUUCCUUUGUAA